AUGCCUGGGGAAAAACUGAACGAGCUUUUGCGGAAGAGGGAGUAUUUGUUUGCGUCUUUGACGAGGUUGGGGCAUUUUCUGGUAAAUUUCGAUCCAUUGAAUCAUGGCGGGCAAAUACAAUCUCGAUUGGAAAAAUUGGAUGCUAUGUGGAAUGAAUUUUUGGCCCUUCAAAUCGAAAUACAAAUCCUGGACAAAAAUAACGAUCUGGCUAGGGACAGUUUUGAAACAUCGGAGAGGUUUGAGAAUCAAUAUUUUGAAUUUCGGGCGGCGCUUCUGGCAAAUCUUCCAGUCCCACCUCGACUUGUGUCGAAUGCGGAUCACACUUUGGCACGGAAUAACACGACUUUGGGAAUGCAUAGUGGGGUGCGACUGCCACAGAUUUCAAUUCCGAGUUUUGAUGGAGAUUACCGGAACUGGUUGACUUUCAAGGCCACUUUUGAGUCACUCAUUCAUGAGGCGGAUGAAUUGAGUGAGGUUCAAAAAUUUCACUACCUUAAAUCGGCGUUGAAGGGUGAGGCGGCAAAACUUAUUGAAUCUCUGACCGUCACUAACGAGAACUAUCUGAUUGCAUGGGAAACGAUUUCGAAAAGGUACUCGAACGAGAAGUUGCUGAAGAAGCGUCAUCUACAGGCGUUGAUGGAAUAUCCGCGAAUCGACAAACCAACAGCUUCAGCUAUUCACGGUUUGGUUGAUGAAUUUGAGCAGAGGUUAAAAAUUCUGCAGCAGCUAGGCGAAAAGGUCGACGACUGGGGGGCGAUGAUAGUUUUCUGGAUGUGCAACAAGUUGGAUGUGAGUACGCUUCAAUUAUGGGAGGAUCAUUCUGCCCCGUUGGAGAACCCGUCGUUUAAAGAUUUGGUUAAUUUUCUAGAGAGAAGAACACGUGUGCUAGAAGCAGUAUCAUCCAACUCUUCUGAUUUCUCUUCAGUUCAGCAGCGGUCGAAUUUUAAGCGGAAUCCAGUUGGAGUCCAUGUUGGUGCGGAAGAUGCUAAGCAACAGUUGAAUUGCGUUUGCUGUGGACAAUCGCAUUACAUGUCGCAAUGCGAAAGAUUCAUCAAAAUGUCGUUGAAGGAGAAGCUGGAUUUCAUUAACACCAAGCGGCUCUGUAGUAGCUGCCUCAAAAGUGGACAUUGGGCACGGAAUUGUAAUUCAAAGUUUCGGUGCAGAACUUGCAAUCAAAAGCACCACUCUUUCAUUCACCCUGGUUUUGCAAAUGUCGAGGAAAGGUCUACGGUGAACAGUGCAAUGGCUCCUUGUUCCAGUCACUCCCUUGAGAAUGAUCAGACAAACGUGGAGAAUCCAGUUGAAGCGGAAGAACAGGUUGGUUCAUUCAGCGCUGGGGUAAAAGCAGGCUCUUCUUGUGUAUUUUUGUCAACGGUUAUGCUAACGGUGAAGGAUUACAACGGAGCCAAGCACAUGGUUAGAGCCCUAUUGGAUAACGGCUCUCAAGCGAACAUUAUUAGUGAAAGGUUAUGUCAAAUUUUAAAAUUGAAACGAAGGGCGAUAAAUGUUCCGAUUUGUGGAGUUGGGCAAGCUGAAACAAGGGCGCGACAUUCGGUUAGAGCAACGAUUGGUUCUCGGGUAAAAGAUUUUUCGAUUGGCAUGGAUUUCUUGGUUUUGCAGCGGGUGACUACAAAUUUACCUUCACGUACGGUACCAGUUGAACAUUGGAAAAUACCAGAGAGAUACAAUCUUGCAGAUCCGGAGUUUAACGUUAGUCAUCGAAUCGAUUUGUUGGUUGGCGCAGAGAACUUUUAUGACCUUUUAUACCAGAAUGAGUUGAAGCGAGUUUCUCUGGGUCCUGGGUUGCCUUUCUUGGUGGAUACAGUGUUCGGGUGGGUGGUCUCUGGAAAAGCAAUGGUUCCAUCCGAAACACCAAUCGCUUGCAACGUGGCUGUGGCUUCCGAUGGCUUAGAACGUCAGCUCGAACGAUUCUGGAUAGUGGAAAGUAACGAUGAGAAACCCGUGUGGACUUUGGAGGAAAUAAAUACCGAAGAAAAUUUCGUAAAACACCAUUCUCGAGAUCCAUCCGGAAGAUAUAUUGUACGAUUGCCCAAACACUUGAAUUUUGAACGUAUGCUUGGAAGGUCUGAAGUUUCGGCUUUGGAAAGAUUCCGUAAAUUAGAAAGGCGUUUGGCACAUGAUUUGGAAUUGAAACGACAAUAUCAUGAAUUUAUGAAGGAGUAUUUAGAGCUGAAACACAUGCGCAAGGUUCCGGAAGAUGAAUUGGCGACUAUAAGCAGUGGAAAUAAUAAACGGAAAGUUUAUUACUUACCCCACCACCCGGUCGUCAAGGAAUCCAGCACGACAACAAAGGUGCGUGUAGUUUUUGAUGGCUCUGCGCGCACGGAUAGCGGAUAUUCACUUAAUGAUUGCCUGAUGAAGGGCCCAAUUAUUCAGGAGGAUCUUCUCAGCCUCUUACUCCGAUUUCGGAAACAUGAAAUCGCGCUAGUAGGAGAUGUGGAGAAGAUGUACAGGCAGGUGAUUCUUCACAGUGAUGAUACUCCGCUGCAACGAAUCUUCUGGAGAUUUUCAGAAACUGAACCCAUCGACGUUUACGAAUUACUAACCGUGACCUACGGGUUAACACCAUCGUCAUUCCUAGCAACAAGAUGUCUAACUCAGCUGGCCGCAGAUGUAGGAUCCCGCUACACGAGAGCCUCGAAAGCUCUAGUAAGCGAUUUUUACGUGGAUGAUUGUAUCUCUGGAGCCACUACAAUUGAUGAGGCAAUUCUACUUCGAGACGAACUGGUUGCAGCAAUGAAAGAAGGUGGAUUUUCCCUUAGAAAAAUCUGUUCAAAUCGACCCGAAGUUUUAGCUGAUCUACCCGAAGACCAACUAGGAACCAAUCUGACGAUCACAUUUGAUUUCAGUCCCGGAGAAGAAGUAAAAACAUUAGGAAUCACUUGGGAUCCUAACGCUGAUGAUUUACGUUUUCUGCACAAUAUUUCCUCUGAACACAUUACGUGGACUAGAAGGCAUAUUCUUUCGGCAAUCGCAAAACUAUUUGACCCUCUCGGUCUUAUUGCUCCAGUAGUUGUUUCGGCUAAAAUUAUUAUGCAAGAAUUGGCUCUACUGCAGACGAAAUGGGACGAGCCUGUCCCCCAGACCAUCGACCAAAAAUGGAAGAUUUAUUAUGAUCAGAUACCCAAACUUUCUGAAUUAAGAAUCAGCAGAUUUGCAUUUACUUCCGGAUAUACAGACGUUCAACUCCACUGUUUUUCUGAUGCGUCAGAACGCGCAUACGGCGCAUGUAUUUACGUACGUUCUACCGACGCACAUGGUGCGGUACGCGUAGAAAUACUUUCGGCUAAAUCACGUGUUGCUCCUCUAAAGCGCUUAACCUUGCCGAGGCUAGAACUGUGUGCUGCUAAGGAAGCUGCGAAUCUUUAUUCUCGAGUUGUUAAAGCGCUAUCUCUCGACAGUGUCGAGGCUCACUUUUGGUCAGACUCGACGGUUGUGCUUCACUGGUUGAAGGCACAGCCCAACACUUGGAAUACUUUUGUGGCGAAUCGUGUUUCAUCCAUUCAAACUCGAACCUACGGACAUCGAUGGCAUCACAUCGCCGGCAAGGAAAAUCCUGCCGAUUUGGUUUCUCGCGGACUUCCGGUUGGAGAUUUUCUCGAAAGCGAAUUGUGGAGAGUGGGUCCAAAAUGGUUACAGGAAGCAGAAGAUGUUUGGCCAACGGCAACGGAAGAAAUUACAAUCGGUGACGAGGAUCUAGAAAUGCGGAAAACGGUUUGUUCUGUUACUACAGCACCAGAACCCCAUCGCCUCUUUUUGCUGAGUUCAUCGUUCACAACUUCGAUCAGAAUUGUUGCAUUUUGUUUAAGAUUUGUCCACUACUUCAAACACCGUAACCAACAAGAGAGCACCCUUUUGCUGACGGCAGAAGAAUUCCGUAAAGCUAAAAUUGCGUUGACCAGGUUAGCUCAAUCGGAGAUUUACGCUGAGGAGAUGAAGCAACUACGCAAAAAUCAUCAGGUGUCCAGCAACUCGCCGCUAAAGUUAUUGAACCCAUUUUUGGAUCAAGAAGGAGUCAUUCGCGUAGGUGGUCGUUUACGCAACUCCCUUGAGCAGUACGAUGUCAAGCAUCCAGCUGUAAUUCCCCCCUCACAUCCAUUCACCAACAUGGCCAUUGACUAUUUUCACCAGAAGACGAUUCACGGUAGUCAUAAGUUGACUCUUUCUGCCUUGCGUCAGGAAUUUUGGCCUAUACACGGAAAAAGAGCAGUAAAACAAGUCCUACGGAAAUGCCACUUCUGUUUUCGUGUGAAUCCCAAACCGUACCAGCAGCCAAUGGGUCAGCUACCCUCCACCAGAGUCCGCCCUAGUAGACCAUUUCACAUUACCGGUGUUGAUUAUUGCGGCCCGUUCUAUUUGAAACCACCACACAGACGAGCGUCGCCCCCGAAAUGUUUUAUUGCUGUUUUCAUCUGCUUCUCCACGAAGGCACUCCACCUCGAGCUCGUUGGAGACCUCACCACCAGCAGCUUUAUCUCCGCUCUAAGAAGAUUCGUUGGAUAUCAUGGUGUGCCAGCCGAAAUUCAUUCAGAUAACGCCAAAAACUUCGUUGGAGCUAAGCACGAGCUUAGGAAACUUUAUGACAUCCUCCAUCAGCGCCAAAGUCACGAAGCCAUCGCCAAUGAACUUUCGCAGCAGAGCAUUGAAUGGCGUUUCAUUCCUCCCAGAGCUCCCAACUUCGGUGGACUAUGGGAGGCCGCAGUGCGCAAUGUAAAAACGUCAUUAAAAAAAUCAAUCGGCUUGCACCAACUGUCGCACGAAGACUUCCAUACCCUACUGGUGCAAAUUACCUCUGCCCUUAAUUCUCGACCAUUAUCCCCCCUCAGCGAUGACCCGUCAGACGUAGACGCUCUUACUCCCUCUCAUUUUUUAAUUGGAUGCCCCAUGACCGACCUGCCAGACAAAGAUUUUCGAAGUGUUCCCACAAACCGCCUAACCCACUACCAGCAGCGUCAACAGCUGUUCCAGCACUACUGGCAACGAUGGAGUCGCGAGUACCUCACCGAGCUUCAAACGUCCAGCGCAUCGUGUCGUCGGAGCUCUAUUCGUGUCGGGAGCAUCGUCGUGCUACGAGAGGACAACACUCCGCCACUUUGCUGGCCCCUGGCCCGGAUCAUCGCAGUGCACCCAGGACAGGACAAUGUCGUCAGAGUGGUAACCAUCAAAACCGCUACAGGAGUUUACAAACGAUCGGUGUAUCGACUGUGUCCCUUACCGUCUGAAGAAGUUGAUACGAAUGAUAAAAUAUUAGAUGUUAAUGUAGCUUAA